AGAGAGGAAGACAGUCGCUUCUUCCAUUCCAUCCUUCUCUGUAGAGGUGUGUUCUCUUUUCACCUCCUUUUUCACUUCGAUCAAUUUCUUAUAUCGGGUUGAUAUUCGAUUUGUGCGUAUAUUUGUUCCAGAUCUCUGUAGAUCUCGAGCAGUGUCCAGUGCCAAGUGGAGAGCCCAUACCCGAAGCAAAGCAGGGAUGGGGUUGACCUUUACAAAACUGUUCAGCAGGCUAUUUGCCAAGAAAGAGAUGCGAAUUCUUAUGGUAGGUCUUGAUGCUGCUGGUAAGACCACAAUCUUAUAUAAACUGAAGCUUGGAGAAAUUGUCACGACAAUCCCUACCAUAGGAUUCAAUGUGGAGACAGUGGAGUACAAAAACAUUAGCUUUACUGUUUGGGAUGUUGGUGGUCAAGACAAGAUCCGCCCACUGUGGAGGCACUACUUCCAGAACACCCAGGGGCUUAUAUUUGUGGUGGAUAGCAAUGAUAGGGAUCGAGUUGUUGAGGCAAGGGAUGAGUUGCAUAGGAUGCUGAACGAGGAUGAACUGAGAGAUGCUGUCCUGCUUGUGUUUGCUAACAAACAAGAUCUUCCAAAUGCAAUGAAUGCUGCUGAAAUAACUGACAAGCUUGGUCUUCAUUCACUCCGACAACGCCAUUGGUACAUCCAGAGCACGUGUGCAACCUCUGGAGAAGGGCUUUACGAAGGGCUGGAUUGGCUUUCCAACAACAUUGCUGGCAAGGCUUGAUUGAAGCUGUCAAGGAUUUUGGUUGCAGCUGGAAAUUUUGGUUGGGGCAAUGUUACAGAAUAUAUAUCUUCUAGGGCCAAUUUAUGGCAGUUUGUAGGGAUGAUAAUACCUUUCUCUUGAAUUCUCUGAACGACCUUGCUGUUAUAACAAAGAUGUUUGGCUUCACACACACACUUCCUGCUGCAACUAUAUAUGAUUUACUCCUAUGGCUGCUACUCUUGGCACAUUAUUAUUUGAGCUUGUAAUAAUCUUCUAUGGACCUGCCAUUCGGCAAUGAGUAGCUGCCAUUCUAUUGUCCAUCCUGUAAAAAUUUUACUAUCAUGGGAUUUAUCUCCCCACCCGUACUAAAAGAGUAAUGGUUGUCUUCAA